GCCACCAGUCCUGCUGGACUUGUCAGACGUAGGACGAUGCAAGCUGUGGAUCACAGUGUAGUGUCCUGUCCACAGUGCGACCAUCAUCAUGGGCCUCUCGUCAGCUCUGAUGCUCUCCCUUCUCCUGGCCUUCAGAGCAGGGCCCCUUGCCCUCCAGCCAGCUUCUCGUCCUGGGCGACCCUCUGCCUCCUCCUCAGACUCAGUGGGCUCUUCUCAGGGCUCUGUUUCAAAAGUCUCCAGCCAGCCCCCCAGCAACCACUUUGCAGAUCAGCCUCCAGGUUCAGAAGCCUCUGGUAGAAUCCCUGAUUCCAACUGGUUUCCUCAAGGGCUGAAUUCAAGCCAUGCUUCUGGGUCAUUCUGGACAACUGUGUCUUCUGGGGGACAAUAUCUGAACCCUGAUGUCACCGUCUCUAAAAUCCCUACUUCACAAAUGGGUUUUGAUGGUUUCCAUUCUCAUGAUUCUGCUAAAGACCCUGGGCCUUUCUUCUCUGUUCAAGUCCCAGACACCAAAGUACCCAGCAAGGCCCCAGGUUCAAAGCUAUCCCUGGAUCAGCACAAUCUUGAACUUUCCGUCCAGAACCCGGAAUUCAAAAAUUCUUCGGAGAGUCGCCAGGCUGCAAGCUUCCCCCAGCAGAUGGGGGGACCCCUAGCUGUGCUAGUGGGAACCACCAUCAAGCUCCCCCUGACUCCGGUCCCCAGCCCCAGGCCCCCUGCUCCUCUGGUGGUCUGGCGCAAGGGCUCCAAGGUAUUAGCAGCUGGGGGCCUGGGGUCACAGGCUCCAUUGAUCAGUUUGGAUCCCAUGCAUCAAGCCCGCUUGAGAUUUGAUCAGAUUCGAGGGGGUGUGGAACUCACCUCUGCACAACUGGAUGAUGCAGGGGUGUACACAGUUGAGGUUAUCAGGGGAGGCGUCUCCCAACAGAUUCGGGAGUUCACAGUAGGUGUGUAUGAGCCCUUACCCCAGUUGUCGGUACAGCCCAGGGCUCCAGAGACAGAGGAAGGCGCAGCCGAGCUGAGUCUGCGCUGCAUAGGGUGGACUCCAGCUAGUGGGGAGCUAAGCUGGAGCAGAGAUGGACGUGUCCUGGAGACCCCAGACCCUGAAGGCGCAGAGCCACCUCACAUCCGCACGGAAAGGGACCAGCUGCUCAUCUCACAUCCCCUACGCAGCGACCACGCCCGGUACACCUGUCGCGUGCGCAGCCCCUUUGGCCACACUGAGGCUGCAGCUGACGUCAGUGUCUUCUACGGCCCGGAUGCCCCGAUCAUCAGGGUCACCUCGAACCGCGACGCCGUUCCUGAGCUGUAUGUUACUGCGGGCAGCAAUGUCACCUUGCACUGCUCGGCCCCCUCGCGUCCGUCUGCAGACAUUGCAUGGAGUCUGGCGGACCCCACAGAAGCCGCAGUGCCUGCGGGUCCUCGCCUCCUGCUGCCGUCCGUGGGGCCAGGCCACUCCGGCGCUUACGCCUGCAUCGCUGCGAAUCCCCGCACCGGCCGCCGCAGGCGUUCGGUGCUCAAUCUCACUGUGGCGGAUCUGCCCCCCGAGUCCCCACAGUGCUCAGUGGAAGGGGGUCCCGCGGACCGAAGCCUCCGCUUUCGCUGCUCCUGGCCCGGCGGGGUCCCUGCCGCCUCUCUGCAGUUCCAGGGUCUCCCAGAAGGCGUCCGCGCUGGGCCGGUGCCAUCUGAGCUCCUGGUAGCUGUACCCGCCCGCCCGGAACUCAGCGGCGUUGCAGUCACCUGUCUGGCCCGCCACCUGGUGGCGACCCGCACCUGCACAAUCAUCCCGGAAGCCCCCCAGGAAGUGCUGCUCCAGCCAGUAGUAGAGGAGACACAGCCAGGGGAUGUGCUGGUAGCACUGGAGGUCACUGGCUGUCCCCCACCCUCAAGAGCAUCCUGGGCUCGGGAAGGACGGCCCCUGGCUCCAGGAGGUGGGGGUCGAUUGCAGCUUAGCCAGGACGGCCGAAAGCUCCUCAUCAGAAACUUCAGCCUGGAUUGGGACCUGGGGAACUACUCUGUGCUAUGCAGCGGUGCACUGGGCGCUGGAGGCAACCAGAUCACCCUUGCUGGGCCCUUCAUUUCCUCAUGGAGGCUGCAGAGAGCCCAAGACGCGGUGGUGCUCACCUGGGAUGUGGAGCGAGGCUGCCUCCUCACUGGCUUUCACAUCCAGGCGUGGACAGACGGCUCUGACCUGGAUCGACUCACCAUGAGUAGGGAAUGGGUUUCCCUGCUCAUUCUGGGCCCCCAGGAGCGGUCAGCCAUAGUUCCACUCCCUCCUCGGAAUCCUGGGACCUGGGCCUUUCGCAUCCUGCCUAUCUUGGGGUCUCUGCCAGGGACCCCAUCCCAAAGCCGAGUCUAUCAAGCAGAUUCUUCCCUGAGUCCAGGGGCCAUUGCAGGCAUUGUCCUUGGCUCUCUGUUGGGCUUGGCACUGCUGGCUGGCCUUCUCCUCCUGUGUAUCUGCUGCCUGAGGCAUUUUCCAGGAAGAACCUCUGUGAAAAAGCCGCACCCCCUGACCUUGGCUCCUGUGCUUACCCCGCCAGGAAAAAAGAUGCCGACUUUGACCCCCGUUCAGACACCACGGCCAUUGCCCAUCAAAAGCCAGCUGCAGAGCCCUCGCCCAGUCAAGGCCCAACAAGUCAUCAGCCCCAGUUCAGCUUUCUGUCCAGGUGGCAGCCCGUGGACUGUUCGGGCAGUCACCCAGGUAUGACAAAAGCUGCUGGCCCACUCUCCACGAAGCAUUUUGGGGUGCAGCUUCCUCUUUGGCCCAGCAACAUGGGGCCUACUAUGAUUGAGGAUUGGACCCUAGGGUGGACAUCCUAUCUCCCUCUUGUCUCAGAAGACUCAACUUGUACGUCUGCAUCUGAGAAUAUCAAUGUGGCUCUAGGGAUAGGAGAGCCACCUACAGAUGGACCUAUGUGGUUGGCACAAACUCAGAACCUUUAACAUGUAGGGCUUGCUCUUUAGACCCAAGCAGAAGGGGAGCCUGGCUACAGCUUCUGCAAAGGUCUGCUACCUUCUCCGGCCUCAUCCAGGUCACCCCCUUCAGCUUCCAGAGACUCCCGUCAUUCAACAUAGGAGAUCUCCCACAUACCCUAUUCCCCACUUCCUCCCCCAUCUCUUGACUUCCUUUGUGCUUUGUUUUAUUUGACUCAGUCUCAUGUAGCCCAGGCUGGCUUCAGACUUGUUAGAUAGCCCAGGCUGGCCCUGAACUCCUGACUCUUCUGUCCCAGUCUCCCAAGUGCUGGAAUUGCAGGCAUGGGCCACUUCACAU